AUGAAUCAGCUCCUGUUUGAGCGGUCCACCGGCAAUGUCGGGCCCAACGUCUUUGCGAGGCUGCAGACUACAAACUUGCUGAAAUCUUUUUGCGCGGCGCCGCGGUUCCGAUUCGAUGGCGGCGAACGUGGCACCGCCAUCCACCAAGAUGAAGCUGGGUCAACUCUGAGAGAUGGAAUCUGGGCGCACCAAGCAGGGGUUAACGCGAUAGCCGUGGAACGCUUUGAUGGUCGAAUUCUUGUGUCCGGAGGCUCCGACGCUUCAGUAAAGCUGUGGGAUCUCGAGUCCUGCGGUAAUCCAUCUGAGAGUCAUACCUACAAGCCCAUUGCUACCGUGAAACGUGGAGAAAAUGGUCACAGGUUUGGCAUUACAUCCAUGUCCUGGUAUCCCUUUGAUCCGGCUGCGUUCCUAUCUACGUCUUUCGAUCAAACCUUGAAGCUGUGGUCUACAGAGACUGCAAGUGUAUCCGGGUCUUUUGCAUUAGGUUCCAAGGUGUACACCCAUGCCAUAUCUCCAAUUGCAGACCAUCUUCUUGUAGCAUGUGGCACGCAGCAUCCUGCCGUGAGAUUAGCAGACCUUCGUUCCGGCUCCAGCGUGCAGUCGCUCACCGGCCACACGAAUGCAAUCCUGGCAGCGGCAUGGUCACCACGCCACAACCACAUCUUGGCCACCGGGAGCGUAGACGGUACCGUCCGUAUCUGGGAUAUUCGGCGGGUCGGUGGUGCAAUAGGCAUGCUCGACAAAGAGGAUAGUCUAGGCCUCUACUACAAUGGACUUCUCGGAUCGGACGGGCAGGUGCGGACCCGGCAGUCUGCCAAGGCUCACUCGGGCCCUGUCAACAGCCUUACGUGGACAGAUGACGGGAAUUACAUCGUCUCGGCAGCGCACGAUCGACGGAUUCGCGUGUGGGAUGCUGCUACUGGUGCGAAUACCCUCGCCAAUUUUGGACCUAGCAUCAAAAAUUCACAGUUGGGUACUGUCCCCAUGUUCACUUCUCCUAUAGGUGUCACCCAUCCCAAGGAUGAAUUCCUUUUUUGGCCCAACGAAACGGAGAUGUUGGUGUUUCAUCUCCAUGAUGGCCGAAUUAUCACUAAAUUGCGAGGUACUGGCCCUACCACCGCUGGUGUACGAUCUGGUAACGGCUCCGAGAGGACUGUGCAGAACAGAGUUACCGCUAUAGCUUGGCGUGGUGCAGGGGGAGGCGGCGAAUCAAGUGGUGUAGUGACGGGCGGUAGUAACAUGGCAGGGGCGAUAUUUAGUUCUCAUCUUGAUGGGCAGAUUCGAGCGUGGCUACCCGAACUUGAUGGAUUGGACGAUGAGUAUGAGGAGGUGGGAUCGUCCGAGGCCAGCGAGGACAAGGCCAAGAAGCGCAAAGCACUUGACGAUGUGUUCAAGAAUCUUAUGGGCAAGCAAAUUACGUUCACUUAG